UGUAAGCAAAGUUUAUAUUAAGCCUUUCUUCACAUUUGUCAAAUACUUUUACAUGCUGUAUCCGGUCCGUUAAUUUUGUUUCUGUAGACAAUUAUGAACUAUUUCUCUCUUGACCUUGUUCUGUUAGUAUUUGCGGUUUAUAACACUGCUUCAUGUACUGGAUUUAUUUUUGACGUUAGAACAGAUUGUCUAUUGACGUCUUGGAGUUCCUGGGCGGAAGUUCCUGGUCUUGAUGUGCACGUUCAUGAACGUGGAAUUCUCCGGCAUGAAAACAAAGGCGGUAUCCCAUGCCCUCCUAGAGAAACAAUGAGAGAAGUCAGAGCAGACGACAUCAUGAAGCGUUGGGACAGUCCCGAACAUAUACAAGACACCGCAAGAUCGUUAUCAGAGAAUUUCAUUCGGAGAAAUCCGAAGCCUGACAAUCCAACAGAGCCUGGCCAUAUUCGUGAUCUUUUGAUUGUCCUCGACUCCGUGGAAAGUCUUGACGAUGAAGCGUUCAACAGUACAAAACAAAACUUAGCAGAGCUUCUAGGAAUGUUCUGUCCCGACCCAGACCCGUUUGCCAAACUGUACAACCACGCUGUGUUGAUUGGUGUCUCUAAUUCUCACGAUGAAGUAUUUGAGUUCAACAACUAUGACGGUAUUGCGGCUGUAAAGGAUGCGAUUCUGCAAGUGCAUCGUGAUUCAAAUCGGUCAUGCAUGAAAAGCAAUCUUGAUGCGGCUUUUACGAUGCUUACACAGACAGGGAUACGAUCCGACAUUCUAGUAGAUAAAGAUGUCUUGAUACUGACAGAUGGUUACUCUAACUGUAGCGGAGAUGUUUUGGCAUCUGCGUUAAGACUUCGUGGAAUAGCCAGAGUGUUUUCCCUUCUGAUUGGUUCGUUUUCAUCGAACGGAUUCAAUGAUGUCCUGAACUACGUAACAACACCAGUACCGGAACAUCUUUUUAUAGUGAAAACACAACAGGGAUUUGAUCAACUAAUGACUACACUUGAAUCACAGAACAAUGCUUCAUGCAUGCCUUUUGAUCUACCUUCAACCAUGAAAUAACUUACCUCCAACCUCACAUUUUUUUAAAAUAAAAAUUCUUUUCAAACUGGUGCAUACCAUUAUAUAUUUAUGGUAUGUAGAUAUGUUAAUUCUUUCUUUUGGCUAAUAAAUAUA